GUCGCUCUGUGGCUUGCAAUCCCUGGCAGUAGAGUUUCUUCUGUGUACUACUGAUUAGGGUUUCGGGACAGGAAAGGAUGAAGGGGAUGUGAUGGUGUUGGCACAAGUGUAAAUAAGAGUGAAAGAGAGGGGGCAAAUAGCAAUAAUAACAAUAGUAAAUGGAAAGCUUGGAAUCGGAAGAACCAGAGAAGAAGAGGCCUCACUUGGAUUCUCCCACCAUGGCCCGUAACUCCUCUACUGCUCCGCACCAUACCAAAGUUGACGCAGCAGUUCUCCAGUACCAAAAUCAAAAACUUGUCCAACAAUUAGAAAGUCGGAAAAAUGAGUUGCUUCAUCUUGAAAUCAGGAUUAAAGAAUUAGAAGACAAGCAAGCCUCUUAUGAUGAUACGCUGAUAAGUGUGAAUCAACUUUGGAAUCAGUUGGUUGAUGAUUUGAUCCUUCUUGGUGUACAAGCUGGAGGAGGCCAUAAUGCUUUAGAAAGCUUGGACCGUGCAGACACUUCUCGAGGUUCUAUUCCGUCAUGCCCUAUGGAGGAGAUGUUUCUUUGCAGGCUUCUGGAAACAGAUUCUAUUGACAGUAUUGGCAAUGAUGCGAUUGUAAAUUAUGUUGAAAAAGUCCUAUCUUCACGUCAUUCAUUCACUAGCGAGUUGAUAAAAUCUCUGGAGGAUACCAUUGCGGCUGAGAGGGUGAAAACUGAGAGCAUGGCUCUUGCUUUGCAGGGAAAAUUAUCUGUUGAAGACAACAUCAUGCAGCUUUCCAAGAUUGAUGAUAUAUUUAAAGAGGAGGCUAAAAAUUUGCGAGAGGUGAUUGAUACUCUACACUUGAAGCGUAAAGAACAUGCUGAUAGGAUUCAAACAUAUAUAAGCAGCCAUUCAACUGACCAAUCUGAGAUUAAACGUCUUCGAGGUGAGCUGGAAGAAAUAAUGGCUGAACUAGAAGAGAGCAGAAGAAAACUAGUCAGUCUCAAAAUGCAGAAGAAUUUAGCAUCUGGGAUGCAUGCAUCAACUCCAUUUGCAGUGAAUGGUAGCUUGUCACCAGAAAAGCCUGCAGAUAAGAUAAUGGGCCUGCGGGAGAUAAAGGAUUCCAUUGAGGAGACAAAGAUAGUGGCAGCAGAUCGGCUUUCUGAACUGCAAGAUGCGCGGGGAGAGAUCCUACACCAUUCAGAACAACUGCAAGAUCUUCAGAGUGAACUGAAGGAUGAAAAAUUCGUACAAUCCUCUCGACUUUACAUGUUGUUAAGUGAUCAGCUCCAGCAUUGGAAUGCUGAAGUGGAACAAUACAAAGCACUGACUGAUGCUCUGCAGACUGACAGGUUUCUUGUCAUGAGGAGGGAGAAGGAACUGAAUUUAAAAGCUGAGUCAGCAGAUGCUGCUAGGAAUAUAAUUGAUAAUGCUGAUUCUAGAAUUGAAGAGCUGGAGUUGCAGCUCCAGAAGUGUGUCAUGGAAAGAAAUGAUCUUGAGAUUAAAAUGGAAGAAGCUAUCCAGGAUGCAGGGAGAAAUGAUAUUAAAGCAGAAUUUCGUGUAAUGGCGUCAGCUCUGUCCAAGGAAAUGGGAAUGAUGGAAGCUCAAUUGAACCGCUGGAAGGAGACUGCACAUGAAGCGAUUUCCUUGCGUGAGGAAGCCCAAACGCUAAAAGAUGUGUUAAGUGAUAAGACAAACCAACAAAAGCGCUUGGCAGAGCAGUGUGCUGAACAGAUUGUGGAAAUCAAAUCUCUUAAGGGUCUGAUUGAGAAAUUGCAGAAGGAAAAAUUGGAGCUGCAAAUCUUCUUGGACAUGUGCGGCCAAGAAGGCUAUGAUAAUAGAGAUGUGAUGGAAAUAAGAGAAGCAGAAAAUAGAGCUCAUUCACAAGCUGAAGUGUUGAAAAAUGCUUUGGAUGAACAUAGUCUAGAACUGAGAGUGAAAGCUGCUAAUGAGGCUGAGGCUGCUUGUCAAGAAAGGCUUUCUGUUGCUGAAGCUGAAAUAGCUGAGUUACGAGCUAAAUUGGAUGCAUCCGAGAGGGAUGUUUUGGAGCUCAAGGAGGCUAUUAAAAGUAAAGAUCGAGAGUCAGAGGCAUACAUUUCUGAAAUUGAGACCAUUGGCCAGGCAUAUGAAGAUAUGCAGACACAGAACCAGCAUCUGUUGCAGCAGAUGACUGAGAGGGAUGACUACAAUAUUAAGCUUGUCUCUGAGAGUGUAAAGACAAAGCAGGCACAGAGUUUCUUUCUCUCUGAGAAGCAAAUAUUAGCAAGGCAAAUUGAGCAGGUGAAUUCAUCAAUUGAAUCUGUAAAAAUGAGGAUUGCACACAGUGAGGAGCAGAUGAAAGUUUGUCUUACAGAAGCUAUUAAAUCUACCCAAGAGGACAGACAUUUUAUGAUUAGCCUUGAAACUGCUAAGUGGGAAUUGGCAGAUGCUGAGAAGGAGUUAAAGUGGCUUAAAUCUACUGUAACAUCUUCUGACAAGGAUUAUGAGCAGGUCCAGCGGAAGGUGGAUGAAUUUCAAGUGAAGUUGGAUAAGGAACGAAGCCAGAGGAAGAAACUUGAGGAAGAGGUCAUGGAGUUGAAUAGUAUGGUUGCUGAGUUGAGUUCUGAAACUGGAGAGACUGCAAUACAGAAGCUCCAGGAUGAAAUAAAAAAUUGCAAGAAUAUUCUGAAAUGUGGUGUGUGUUUUGACCGGCCAAAGGAGGUUGUAAUUGUGAAAUGCUAUCAUCUCUUUUGCAAUCCAUGUAUACAGAGAAAUUUAGAAAUACGCCAUCGGAAGUGCCCUGGCUGUGGCACUGCAUUUGGUCAGAAUGACGUUCGGUUUGUAAAAAUAUGAAUUAGUUAAACCAUGGUUUGCACAUUGAUCGUGAUUUAGGUUAGUCUGUCUUAGCAUCUGAAAAGCAAGGAUGCCUAGCGUCAGGCCUUUGGACUUGAUAGUUAUAGAAAUAAGAUUUUAUUUUAUAUAUGUAAUCAUUUAAUCCGUGUGUAUGUAAAUUGCAAAGGGAAAUUUAACUGGGUAAGAUAUAACCUUGAGAAUUUUGUUCCUCGGGAUCUCUGGCCCUGUGGUUGUCUUACCUGCUUUACAGGAAUAUUGCAUUGAAAGAAUGCCAAGGUCUCCUGGUGUAGAUGUGAUUCUAAAA